GGCGAGAGCGUGAGAGAAAUCAGCUGGGUGGUGUGUCACGGGGAAACAGGGACAGCCAGCAGGAGAAGCUGCUUCCCCGGGGCGGGCAGGGGACAGGCAGCCCCACCCAGGCGGGUGUUUGCCUGCCCCGUGUGUGCCCAGCCAGCAGGCUCCGGAUGAGGAAGCAGAGGGCAGGGCACCCGGGCUCAGUCGGCCGCUGGUAGUGCCAGCUGGAGACAAGGUGCCCUGCACCGGAGCAGCUCCAAGUGACACAAGGGGACCAAAGACACCCCCCCCAGAGGCGCAACAGGAGCGAUGGGCAACCAGCUGAGUGUUCCACAAAGAGCUGACGACCAAGAGAAUGAUUCGGAAACAGACACUUACAAGGAGGCGGCGAGGAGGAACUGUGUUCAAAACGGGAGGCCGGCGAUGGUGUCCACCCACACCGUUCAACUCUACGACGAAGUGGAUCUGGGGAUAAGUGUCAAGGAAGACAGUGCGGCCACUUCUUCCCCCAAGACCGCGGACAGCAGCGCCGUCGCGGCUGCCAACGGAAAGAGUCUUGGGAAGGAGGCCAGCGCCGAGGCCCCAGCUGUGAAAUCGCGUUUCUUCUUGACGCUCUCCCGGCCGGUACCAGGGCGUACCGAAGACCGGGCCGCGGACUCGUCCGCCGCCCGAGGGAAGCUGGACGCCAGCUCCGGCGGCGCCCCGGGGAACAAAGGCCCGAGUGACACGGCGGCCCUUCCACUGGCAGCUGCGCAGGGCCUCGGCCCGGAUAAAACCCCUGGCGCGGCCCCCGCCCAACCCGCCGGCUUCUCUGCCACUUGCGCACCCGCCGCGCCUCCGCCACCUGAGUCGGGGGGCGCGGCCCCCGCCAAGCCUAAGGACGCCGGCUUUUUUGACAAAUUCUUCAAACUGGACAAGGGACAGGAAAAGGCGCCGGCCGCCAGCCAACAGGAAGCCCAGCGCGGGGAGCAGCAGGACCCGGCCGACCACGUUCCCGGGUUCCCCGGGCCGUGCCACGAUGUCCCUGCACAGAGGGACAUAGUUGGAGGCAGAGAAGAGGGACAGGAAGUCACGCCUGCGAGUUGCUCUAUCCCCAGGGACCCCGAAGACCUGGAUAUUGCCAAGGGGGACCCCCAGACAACAGAUAUAACUGAGAAUAAUAACUCCAUCAUGAGCUUCUUUAAAACACUGGUCUCACCUAACAAAGCCGAAACAAAAAGAGAUCUGGAACAUGCGGCGUGCAAAGCACAAAGUGUCUGUGAUGGACGAGCCGGGCGGAAGGCAUCCGAGGUCUGCACGAAAGGCGCCGAGAAAAAGCACCUGCACAGCCCCAGGCUAGGACUCACCUUUAGGAAGUUCUUUAGGCACAAGGGUGCUGAAAAUUCACCCACCACGUCAGCGGACCUCAAGUCAGACAAAGCCAGCGUCGUGCCCCAGGAGACCCCAGGGGCAGCCAAGAACCCCGCACCCACAGACACGCCAAAGGAAGGCACCAAGCAAAAGGGGGGACCCCCCUCCCUGCCUCUGAGCAAACUGUUCUGGAAAAAGUCAAGUAAAGAGGAUUCAGUCCCCACAGGUGCAGAGGAGCAUGUGGUGUGUGAAUCACCGGUAGAGGCUGUCAGGUCCGAGGAAGUGAACUCAGCCCUACAGACGGUGGAUCUCGGCGCAGAGGGGGGGGCCAGCCCCGAACCCACGGAAGGAAAGCUCAGAAGAGAGGAACGCAGACCGCCGAGGGCCUCCCUGAUGGCGUUCCUCAGACAAAUGUCAGUGAAAGGGGAUGGAGGGACCACCCGCUCAGAAGAAAUAAAUGGGAAAGACUCCAGCUACCAAACCUCCGACUCCUCGGAGAGGGCCGUCGCGCCGGCGGAGCCGGAGCCGGCCGGAGCCAGCCAGAAAGGCAAAGAGGGCUCCUCGAAGGACAAGAAGACGCCGGCCGAGACCAGCAAGCAGAAGAGCAACAAGCAGGAGGCCAAAGAGCCGGCCCCGUGCGCAUGUGCGUGUGCGGAGGCCGCGGGGGCGGAGGCCGGCGCGCUGCAGAACGGGGACAGGCCCCCAAAGAGACCCGAGAAGCGGCGGCAGUCCCUCGGGGGCUUCUUCAAGGGCCUGGGACCAAAGCGGAUGCUGGAUGCUGAAGUGCAAACAGACCCCGUAUCCAUUGGACCUGCUGGCAAAUCCAAGUAAACAAAUCGCCACAGUUCCCACCAAGCCCUCCUGCCACCGAGAUGCCUCCUCCCCGCCCCUGUCCUCCCCAGACCCGCUGCGCGUGUAUAUUUUCCCUCCCGAUGGCCACCCAAUGAAAUUCUGCCUGCCAACUAAGCCUGAGCUGUUGUAUAUUGAGGUGUAUAAUUUACGUCUCUGGUCCGACCUUUCCUGGUAAAUAAUUGCAAGGGUGGUGUAGCAGGUUAACUAGGCAGGUCCGCAGAGUCGGUGGGUGGGGGGUGGGGGGGUGGAGGAAUGCAUUCCGGUUAAGUUACGGAAAAUGGCAGGAGCAAGUAAGCUGCAGGAAAGAAAUGGCUGCUGGGAGGAAUUAAGCUUCGCAGUAAAAACACGGGCUCCUCUGCUCAGCUUGAAGAGGAACGACUAUAAUAUCCGUUUAAGUUCCCGUUUCAAGGAGGGAGGAACAGGGGCUGUGUACGGGGAGGUUGCCAACUUCCUGGAAUGGAAUGGAUGUGGGAUGAAAAAACGGGAUGAAUAAGAGUCGUUUCUCAAAUAGGGUCCUUGAACGUUAUUGACGAGACGGGGCAAGACUGCCUGGAGAGGGCUUGAACUGAUUUGGGAAAACGAUUGUUUUUUUUUUUGGGGGGGGGCUGGGUGGCAAGGACGAGGAUUACAGCUUCCAAAACAAAACGAAUAUAAUAAAUGAAGUUGCAAGUUUAUUUUGCAACACAAGGGGGCGCCCCGGGCUCCGUUUUAAUCGUGAAUCCAGUGUCCGUAACAAAGCUGUGGUCUCCUGUGAUCUUACAUUAUUAAUGUUUCUCAGAUGGCUGGGGGCUUGCUUCAUCUGUUCGGUCUGACACUUAUCUCAAGUCUGUCUGUAAUUUCCUAAUGUGUUCAGGAUGUGCUCUGAUAAAACCCUCCCCAUAACCCCAGUUAAUAAAAAUUUACAGAAGAUUAUUCCAA